AUGGGCAAGAAUCGAAAGCCCGCUGUGAAACAGAGCACCAAGAAGAUGAAAUCCUUUACAAAGCUGUCAACGUCAACAAAAAAGACCCAAAAUGCCAAACAGCAGCAGCAAAGGCAAAAUCAACCGCAAAUCCCCUUCAGACCAUCAGAUAGGGUGCUCUUGAUUGGCGAAGGAGAUUUCUCGUUUGCAUUAUCCCUUGCAACUCACCACAAAUGCCGAAAACGGCUGAUGGCAACAUGUUAUGACAGUGAAGCCAAGCUGACUGAGAAAUACCCAGAUGCCAAAAGGCAUAUUGAACAGCUUGAAGCUUUCUCGUCCUACUCACAUGAGUCUAAGCCCGGCGUAAAACGUAGGAGAGAUGAAGAAGUUGAGUCAGACCAGUCAGAUGAAGAGACGGAUCAGAAGCCGCAGGAUCGUGUCAAAGCUGGUCCUGUAGAAAGCAGCUCACCUAAAGCAAUGAAAUCAUCCGUACCAUCUCCAAAAGUUGUCUUUUCAAUUGAUGCUCGAAAGCUAGGUGGCACUGGCGGAGGAGGGAAGUUGAUACGGAGCGGCUUUCCAGCUCCGAGUCCAAAAGCACAUUACUCGAACCGGUCUAAGAAGGAUGGUAAUGGCCAUACAGGCGAACCAGGAGGGCCAUGGGAUAUUAUUUGCUUCAAUUUUCCACAUGUUGGCGGCCUGAGUACGGAUGUGAACAGGCAAGUUCGAUCAAACCAGGAACUACUAGUUGGGUUCUUCAAAGCAUGUGUGCCCCUUCUUUCAAUCCCAAAUCCAACGGAGGACUCGUCUGAUUUUGAGGACGAGGUUGAAUAUACGGAUAAGGAGAACAAUGGCUCCCUUUCUGACGCUGGUGAAGUGCGACACAAGUCUAGGAAGGAGCCGGGCCAUAUUAUUGUGACUCUAUUUGAGGGUGAGCCCUAUACGCUAUGGAAUAUCAGGGAUCUUGCCCGACAUGCGGGUCUACGAGUUGUGACUAGCUUCAAAUUCCCAUGGGCAAGUUAUCCUGGCUACUCCCAUGCACGGACGAUAGGGGCUAUCGAAGGGAAAGGUGGUGGGAGAGGUGGAUGGAAAGGAGAAGAACGGGAGGCAAGAAGUUAUAUAUUUGAAAGAAAAGAGUUCGAGAGUCAAGGUACUUGCUCUGGAAAGCUUAAGAGAAAGAGAAAAGGAUCUGGGAGUGAAAGCGACUGA